GUUUAUUUAAGAUUCAUUCAAACACAUUCAUGCAACUUUUUUUCUUUUUUUUUUUUCCCGAAGACAGCAACUUGUACAGAAAGAUUUUCCUCCUGAUGUGACAUCAUAAAGGAAGAUCCCCUCCCUCUGGCUUGCUGCUCAGCUUUGCUGUUCUCUGGAGGGGCGUGGCUCAGCAGAAGCUCGUCUUUUAAAUAGACACUGAAGCAGCGCAUUUGGAGAAGGAGUGAAAUAAAGUCAUUUUGAGGUGAUUUUAGACUGAGGAGUCAGCGAGGCUCUGCGGAGGCUGCAUUAAUCGACAGACAGAAUGAAGCAACCUGGGGCCAUCUUCCUCCCCCUGUUCCUCCUCCUCUGUAUCUCUCCGCCAGUGCGGUCCAUUAUCUCCAACUGCGUCAUCAAGCGAGAGGAAGAGAGAUGCAUGGAAAGGAUCGCUCUCCACGACCCGACGCAGGACCAGGAGUUCGGUUGUGCUUGGGAGUGGGAUAACCUGACGUGUUGGCAGGCGGCGAGCGUGGGCGAGGUCGUGGUGGUCAGCUGCCCUGAGCUCUUUGAGUUCAUGAGCCCUGAGGAAGGGCUCGGGAAGCUCAGCAGGAACUGUACAGAAGACGGUUGGUCAGAUCCUUACCCGCAUUACCUGGACGCUUGCCUUUCCGAUGAAAACGGCACCAGGCCGGAUAUGUAUUAUGCAUCAGUGAAGGCUCUGUACACAGUGGGCUACAGCACAUCUCUGGUAUCCCUCACCACCGCCAUGGUCAUCCUCUGCAGGUUCAGGAAGCUGCACUGCACCAGGAACUUUAUCCACAUGAACCUGUUCGUGUCGUUCAUCCUGAGAGCCAUCUCCGUCUUCAUUAAAGACGGGGUGCUGUAUGCCGAGGAGGACAGCAACCACUGUUUUGUCCACACGGUGGCGUGUAAGGCGGUGAUGGUUUUCUUCCAUUACUGCGUCAUGUCCAACUACUUCUGGCUGUUCAUCGAGGGCCUGUACCUUUUCACUCUGCUCGUGGAGACCUUCUUCCCGGAGAGGAGAUACUUUUACUGGUACACCCUCAUCGGCUGGGGAACUCCAACUAUUUGUGUGACUAUAUGGGCAGUUCUCCGUCUGCACUUUGACGACUCUGGUUGUUGGGAUACGAAUGACAACACUGCCCUCUGGUGGGUCAUCAAGGGACCUGUUGUUACUUCGAUUAUGAUUAACUUUGUGCUCUUCAUCGGGAUCAUCAUCAUCCUCGUCCAGAAGCUGCAGUCGCCAGAUGUCGGCGGGAACGAGUCGAGUAUUUACCUCAGCUGUGCUCAGAAAUGCUUCAGUGAGCCCGCACAGGCUGUCCAGCAUUCGUGCAGGAUGUCAGAGCUUUCUACCAUCACCCUGAGGUUGGCUCGCUCCACUCUGCUGCUCAUCCCUCUGUUCGGGAUCCACUACACCGUGUUCGCCUUUUCCCCAGAAGAAGUCAGCAAACGGGAGAGGCUCGUGUUCGAGCUCGGACUCGGCUCUUUCCAGGGCUUCGUGGUGGCUGUGCUCUACUGCUUCCUGAACGGAGAGGUGCAGUCGGAGAUCAAGAGGAAAUGGCGCAGCUGGACGGUGAACAGGUACUUUGCUGUGGACCUGAAGCAGCAGCGUCACCCUUCGCUAGCGAGCAGUGGCGUGAACGGGGGGACGCAGCUCUCCAUCCUGAGCAAGAGCAGCUCGCAGAUCCGCAUGUCCAGCCCCCAGGCCGAGAGUGCGACCCUCAACCUGCCAACCUGAGCGUCUGAUCGGACGAGCCAGCUCUAAAUCCGCCCCUCGAUUCCACCCCUAUCUGAAUAAACCCCGCUCUAGCAGUGGGGUCUCGCUCCCUGGACAGGCUGAAAAGGCUCUCUAAUUAUGAAUACUUGUCCGUUAAUGAAACAAAAAUACAUGACACGUGAUACAUAAUAUGACACGUUAGGCUUUUGUUUUGGAAAUUUGUUACAAUCGAAUACGCUAUAUCGAGAUUCAAGGAUGAAAAUUCAUGACCCGUCGCAUCAAGUCAGGUAUUAAGUCACACAGGUAAGGUUCAUGCUAAAGCCAGCAGAGUGCAGUAGAUUUUUAAAGAAAAUCUUCAAUUUCAGGAAAUAAUUAAAAAAUUUAACCUUAUCUUUCUGAUCCUUCAACAAAAUUGAAUAAGUUUUAAUCCUAAACAUUGUUUUGAAGCACUUUAAUGAACACUAUCCAAGCUGGUUACUCCAGA